AUGGGAAUGUGGUCAGGCAUCAGAAGGUCUCCUCAGUUUCGAGCAGCAGCUUCAGGUGCGAAGCCUGGUGUGCGGCUGGCGACCUCUGAACAAAUCGUUGGGUUUACCAUCAAGGAGUACAAAGGUCUUGUCAUGGGCUCCACGGUGCGCGCAAAAGAUGUCACGAAAGACAUAACCAGCGCUAUCACAGCGGUCUUUGGUGGGGAGCUUCCUCACUAUACACAGUUGAUGCAGGAUGCACGUGAAGAGGCAAUGUCACGCUUGGAGGACGAAGCAGUGAAGCUCGGCGCGAAUGCGGUUGUGAGCUUGAGACUCUCCUCAACCAACAUUGCGGCCAACUCUUCUGAAGUUAUGGUUUAUGGGACUGCUGUGGUCAUUGAGUGA